AUGGAAAAUGUUCCCACUUUGGAAAUUCCAAGCCAGCCAGAAGGACAAUUAAUUACGAUGAUACUCGGUGAAGUGAAAAAUGAACCGAUUGAAACAAUGGAUACACAAGAGAUCGUGAUGAAUCCAACAACGAGCAACGAAGCAGAAGCAGAAGCAGAAAAUGUGAAACCUGAACCGAUUCUGUACUGUAUAUGCAAGUCAGCCAACGCAGACAAAUUCAUGAUCGCUUGCGAGAAAUGCGACAAAUGGUUUCACGCGAAUUGUGUCAAUAUAACAAAACGAGAAGCGAACACCAUUGAAGGGUAUUUCUGUCCGCCUUGCAUUGAGGCAAACAACGAAUUGAAGAUUAUCUAUAAACCGAAAGAGCAAGUGAUCGACAAGAAACCCGAUGAAAAUGAAAUUCGUUGUGGCGGCGGCUGUAUUGGAUCAAACGCAAAAGGAUGCCCACAUUUCAAAUGCAUCCAGGCUCCAAUUUUGAAGCAGGAAUUGGAGGAAAAACAACAGAAAGCAAAAGUCGGCACCGAAAAGAAAAGGAGAGGACGAAAAAGGAAACAAUUGAUCUCCGAUGAUUCGGAUGAUGAAGAUUAUUAUGUAGAAGUGAAGCCGAAAAUUGAUUUUAAAGAAGUUCGCAAUAAAGCUAUCGAAGAGGCGCAUCGAGAGCACGAGACGAGAAAGCAAAAAACGGUGAAACGGGCCGCAAAGCAGCGAGAGAACCAUCACCGGUUCAAUGUUUUGGUGGGUGUUAUCUAUCUAGGCCCAGAAUGUAUUCUCGCUGCACAAAAAGACAGUAAAUAUUGCUCGGAGGCGUGUGGGCUACGGAGAGCAGAGGCUCGUCUGGAUCUGUUGCCCGAUCGCGCAAAGAAGUUCUGGGAGGCUCCACCAUUGAACUAUUUGAGAGCCGUGGAACAGGGAAAGAAAGUCGAAAUUCAGAUCGAAGAAUGCAUCAAGGAAAGCGAAAAGCUAGUCGAACGAAUGGGACGAGUGCAAAAAUGGGUUGAGGUUGUGAAGAACAUUGAACCAGUGGAAGAUGAGGAAGAAGAUGAGGGAGAUGAAAGCGAGGCUGUUGUCACUUACAAUUGCCCCGUUUGUGCCCUUGAAUAUACGGUGAAGCGUUUCCGAAACAUGUCGAGCGUUGCUUCGUCCGAUUGGAAAAACAGAGUGAAAUCGGAAACAAUGUUCAGAUGGGCGACCGGAACCCAUUCAAUCUGUUUUGCGAUAGUGAUGUGUGCAGAGCAUUAUAAAGGAGAAUUGGAGAACGAGAUGAAGAUCUGUGGCUAUCCACUCGCUUGGGGCGAUCUGACGAGCUCGUCGACAACUUUCUCAGAAGCGUUUUCCAUUUUGAUGACAUUGAGCGCACAAUGGCAAACGGUUUUUGUCAACGAGCGAGAAGAGAAUGUGGCACACAUCACCGAUGGUUGCAGAACACGCUCGGAGUCCCGGAAUCAAGACGGGGGAUCAAUCCUGAAAUGCGUCGUUGGUGGCUCUGAUUUGAAUAAGAUUACCGAACAAUUGGCCGAUAGCGAUCACGAUAAGUUAGUCAGCAGUUUUGACUAUGUGUUCGCCGAAAAUGGUGUCGUUGGAUUUCACGGUAAAGAUCAAUACUCAACCAAGCUGAUCCAAGAUCAAAUGGGUGAGGAGAAACUCCAGGAUUUGAUCAAUUUCGUUCUCGAGUACUUCUCGAAGCUGAGAUUGCCACAUAAGCGAGGGAAUUUCCGUGGAGUUUCGGAAGGCCAUGAAAAGAAUUCCGGAGGGGAUGCUGGAAAAAUAGACAAGCAUUACGCUAAUUCAACUAAAUCCAGGUAUGAUCAAUUUCUCACCAAUCGGGAAGAAGCUGUUCGCACGAGGAAAGAGAACAUUUUGUUGCCUACGAUAAAGAGCAUAAAAUCCGCGAAACAUUCG